CAACCACUCCCUUCUCGUCCUCUUUCUCUCCAAUGCUAGUUUGCGCCCAAGGGAAUCGUUUAUCACAACAAUACGCUGACUCCGCGUAUGAGCGCGGACGUCUCAUGUAGACAAGUUCCUUCGGCACCUGGAGUCUGCCCUGCAGAAGAAGUCAUCAUCCCUUGGGCAGAUUGGUUCCCUGCGUUCCUGCUCUGGCCAGCGGUGGUGCAGGCCGCGCUUGUCGCGGUUUUCUGGGCGUUGUCCAAGAAUUUUCGUUGGGCUGUGAGACGGUGCAGGCCGUUUCGACGCUUUCUAAAGACGUGGGUAGGCACGCCCGAUUACGCAGCCAAGCGCUACCGAUGGUUGAUUGGCGCGCUUGUCAUCGAGAUGAUGGCUUCGUCGAUGUCUGUGUCGGUAUGGUUUUCCACUGUCUACAAAAGGCAGACGUCUGUGGAGGAGCGAAAUCUCUUGGUCGUCGCCUCACUCGUUAGUUUGGUGAAUUGGGUCACGGGUAGUCUCCAAAACGAGUGCUCUGUGGAGAGCCUGUUGCGCGCAGGCAACAUUGUCAACACUUUCACAAUUGUUCCAAUGUUAUCCGGCUAUUUCAAGCAAGAUGCCGGUGGGCAUGAAUGGGCAUCGUUGCAGUUCUUGCGCGCGUACAACGUGGUGCAUGCAUUCCGGCGGAUUCAAAGAUUGUCGUUGGAAUUGCAGCAAAAGAAGAUGUUCUUCAUGGUCACGGUGGUUGUUCUGAGAGUCGUCGCUUUGGUUGUGAUUUUGGCAGGGGUUAUAUUCACAGUGGAGAUAUUAGGAGAUCCGCCUGGCUUGAGAGAUGCCUUCGUCGCUUCGCAGGGCGGCGACAGCAUAUCUGCGUUUCAAAUGUUUUACUGGACGGUCGUGACGUUGACGACGGUUGGCUUCGGCGAUUUCGCGCCGCGAACCACAUUAUCUCGUUUCCUCACUGUGUUUUUUAUUAUCACUGGCGUCGUUUAUAUCGCAGUCGCCCAGUUUAAAUUCCAAGAGGCGUUGCUGGAAAUUGUCGAGGGGUCUGGUCUCUACCACGGUAAGCAUGGCCAGAAACACGUUGUCGUGAUACUCUGUUCGAAAAAGCGAGCCAUGUCAUUCAGGUCAUUGGUUGCUGGUUUCUUGCGCGAGAUCCUACACAGCAACUCGCAAGCAGAAUGGCCCAAUGUGGUGAUCUUCUCUCGUCACCCAUGGGACGACGACACAGGCAAGGCGAAACGAAAAGGACAGAAAGGGCAGGUGGCUACGUUCGCAGAGUUCCUCGUGGAGGAAGGCUUUGCAAUCGCGAUGCGCGAGCGCGUGACCUUCAUCGUUGGCAGCACCAGCUCCCAGGAGGAUCUGGACCGCGCAGGGGUCGGCCUCAGCGAGAUGACGUUCCUCCUGUCCGACGUGAACAGCACCAGUCCGAGCCAGGACGACGAGGACAGCAUCUACUCUGCUGUCACCAUCAAAGAUUUUUACCCAUCGGUGCGUCUGCGCAUGAUGCUGUUGAAGCCGCAGUCGAAGGAGCUCGCGGUGCAGUCGGGUAUCGAGAUCGUGAGGUGCUUCUCGCUUCGAGAGUUGAAGGCGGGGAUGUUGGCCCAGAACGUUCGGUGUCACGGGAUCGUACCCGUACUCACGUCCAUGUUGAAGUCGGUGGACGAUGACAAAGUUCCGUCGAGGCACAAGAAGGCGAACGCAGAGGGGCGCCGCACGACCUGUGUGCCCCCCCACGCGCCGCUGGAGCACAAUCACUCGGACAUGCAAGAUGCCUCUUCGCAUCGUGCUUUUACCCCCUUCUCGGAUAGACCUUCUGCGCAAACGGGGGACGGGGACGAGCCAGAGUGGUUGAAGGAGUACAAGAGCGGAGUCCAGCGGAGCCUCUACGGCUUCGAGCUCGAUAAGGAGUACGCGGGUUGUUCUUUCGCGGAGCUCGCGAGCCGUAUAUUCCAGGACACGGGGGCUGUGGUCAUAGCUUGCUUCAUCAACAGCAAGUUGGUCGUCUGCAAACAGGAUGGCGACAUCGUCCAGCCUGGCACCAUCAUGUUUGCUGUUGCUUCGAGCCCGAAGGCGCUGGACCCGUGCCGAAAGGCAGGGGCGACCCGCGACCAUUGGCGGCAGAGCUUGUUCAGCACGAGGGAGGCCAACUUGAGGAGUCUCUACAAGGAGGGGCCCCGCGUCGCUGCCGCGCAGUUCAUGGGUCAUGACCUCAGGGGCCCCGUCUUGAUGCCUGAGGCCAUGCUGGAUCUCGACGAUGAUCGUGUCGUCAAACGACAGAGCUUGGAGAGCAGUGCCGGCACCAUCGAUUGUGGCAGCGAGGAAGGCAGCGACGAGGGGGACUCGCCGCUCUCGCCGCCCUCGCCGCCCUCGCCGACGCGGCUCCGGCGGCGCGCCAGCCUGCAGAGCAUGCCCGAGGAGCCGCAGGACCGGCGGACCCCCAUGCGGAGCUCGGCCCACCAGCGCCAGGCCGCGGCGCCCUUGGCCUCGCUCCCGGCCACCACGCCACCGUCCGCGCCCGCCUCGCCGUGGCGCGCCAGGGACCGCAGGGUGACCGAGGCCGGCGCCUUCCUGCACGGCGAGCCCAGGCCCAGCCCGCCCCACAACCGCCAGCCCUCCGCGGCCCUGGCAACGGAGGCCGACUCCCCCAGCGAGCGCGCGGCGAGGGCCACCGAGGAGGUGGACCACCGCGAGACGGCCGCGUGCUGCUUCGAGCCGGCUCGCAGGGGAGGUGCGGCGGCGCCCGCCGCGCUCCGCGCCGGCGGCCCCGGCCCCCAAGACUCGGGCCGCCGGGGCCGUGUUCCAGCCGAGGCCGCCUACAGGUUUUCCUCGGAGACCUCCGAGGUUGGACAGCCCGUGCUAGGCCUGGCGAGCGAUCGUUCCGACGAGGUGCUCGCGCACGGCCAGCGCCAGGUUCUAACGUCCGUCGAGGGUUCCAACGAGCGCGGCGAGUUGCUUCAUGUUGCCCAGGGCCAGCGCGGCAUGCGCGGGUCGGUGCAGUCGAUGAUCUCGGCAGGUGGAGCGGACCUCUAUCCGCAGAGUCGGCCUCGUCCAUCUACCCUCGUGAUCGACGAGCAGGAGGGGGGUGUCUCCAGACGAUUUUCGAUGGAGGGCGGAAUGAGGCAGUCUGCCAGGCACUCCGUGUCGUCUGCCAGGCACUCGGUGAUGUCUCUCGGCUACGACGCCCACGCGCGGGACCCGGCCAGCGACGUGAGGCAGAGGGUCCUGGAGAUGCGGCGGGCCGUGCGGGAGGCGGGCGAGGCCCCCGACCUCGUGGUGGUGGUCGUGUGCCACGGAGAGGCGUGGCAGCAGGUCCACACCUUCGUGAGCGCACUGCGGGCCACGUACCAGCCCGUCCACAGCCCCAUCAUCAUCCUCACGCCGAUGCCGCCGCCGCCCCUGCUCUUCGAGGAUGCGGCCUCCCUGGACCUCGCGAUCCUCGAGGGCAGCUGCACGAAGGUACAGGCACUCCUCGAGGCCGGGAUCCUCGAGGCCAGCGCCGUGGUGGUCAUGACCGGGGCUACGGAGGAGUGGCACGUCGGGGAGAAUUUGUACAGGGAUUCGAAGGUGGUGCUCUGCGCACAAGUCCUUGAGUGUUGGUGCGGCGUCUCGGAGCGCGAGGUCUUCACGACCUACGAGCUGCAAGACAGCACAUCUGUGCGGGUCUUGCCGAAGCUCAUGCCGAAGGUGGCGGUCGACUUCGACAGGCUCGUCCUGCCUUCGAGCACCUUUUCGGAUGGUCACCUCUCACCCAUGAAAGGCUCGACGGACAGCGUUCUUGCCAUGCAGGCCAUGGCCGAGCAGGAAAUGGUCGCAUACUCUGAGAGGCCACCCGAGGUCGACCAUGAAGACUCCAGUUUCCAGGACUACGGCACCUCGGCGAUCUUCCACCCAAGAUUCGCGGCCGGGCAGAUAUUCACUCCGGAGCUCUGGGGCGCCAUGCUGGGGAGGAUCUACUACAUGCCUGCGAUCAUCGAGCUCAUCGAGGCGCUCGCGCUCCCCCACGUGCGCGGCCAGGUGGCCUUCCCGUGGCAGAUCCGGGUGCCCCCCUCUUACGUCGAUAAGGAGUACUCGACGCUGUUCCUGGACCUGGCCAUGGGAUACCGGCCGGGAGCGAAGGACAUCGAUCCCCCGCCUCAGCGUGAGAGCGUCGAGAGCCUGCUCGACAGCUCGGCAGUGGGCGACGUCUACCGCAAAAGGAGGACCACCCUGAUGAACGGCGUGAGGCUGAGCAACAAGCCCCGCCCGGCGGUGUGCGUGGCGUUGUACCGCAGGCGCGACGUGGACGCCAGCUGGGACGUGGCCCCCAAGAACCGCGUCAUCCGAGACUCCUUCGAGCCGAGCGCCGCGGUAGCGCAGGCCGAUGCGUAACAGAGAGCACCGCAGACGUGCAGGCAAGACGCUGAGAUUAGGACCACCCUGGGCUCAGGAGGAGCUC